UCACAUGACAUUGUGUUUGUAUCCGGCAGAGGCUGGUAUGUGUGUGUAUGAGCUCAAGCACACGGACAUACUGUACAGCAGGACAGUUGCUGAGUCAGUGUGUAAAGACUCUUCGUCUGUUCUCUCUUUCUUAUUUACAAGGACCUACUCAUCAGUACAAAAAUGGCAAGAAACCUUCUCAAGAAUCCAAACGGAGACGAGGAUAUGGAAUUCUGGGAGUUGACAGAGAACGGUGGAAACGAGUGGCGCGUGGAGGACAUGCCUGGGGACUGCGGACAUGAAAUCGGCAUCGAGGGUGUUAACAAAUACUUCUCCACCUCCUUCGAAUUGUGUCUGAAGACUCAGGUGAUUGAUCUUGUGGCAGAAGGCUACGCUCCAGAGGACUUGGACAAUCAGCCAACUGUUACAAUUGAGGACUGGUACAGUGGCCGAACAGACUGUGGCUGCAUGUACCUGCUAACCGUCCGUCUUCUGGAUGAGAAUAAAGAGAUGUUGAGUGAGUACAAGCCCGAGCCUGUGAUUCUCGACCCAGACACCGAAGACUGCUUGUGGAAACAGGUGACCCACACGCUGUCCGACUACGGCCCAGGUUUGCGUUUCAUCUCUUUUGAGCAUGGUGGAAAGGACACUAAAUAUUGGGACGGCUGGUUUGGAGUGAGAGUGACCGGGAGCUACGUCGCUAUAGACCUCUGAAAGUCUACGGCUGAGACCCAUGUGGAUCCCAUAAUAGCUUAUAACAGCGAUCUAGAGCAGCGGUUCUCAAAGCUCAAGGGAGACUGUAAACCUCAGGCUCCCACACGGUCCUAUAUUUCCAUGUUACUGAAAUUGGAGAAUUUCAAAGGAAUCAAAAGUCAAAAUAACUUCGCACUGUUAAAAAUAAAGGUUCUUAAAGGGUU